CGUUCAAUUCGCGCACUAAAACAAUAAGCCACAAUGGGGUUCAAGACUCAAUUCGGAUUACUGGCGGUGAUGACAUUGACUUCUGCUGCAGUUAGCGGUGAAAAGUUUCUGGCUGUAAAACCGGACUUUCUAAUACCCUGCAAGCAAAUUGAACCUGGGUUUAAUAACUGUUUCGCCAAGGACUUUCAGGCUGCUUUCACCAAUUGGAAUGAUGGUAUUCCCGGUCUAAAAUCGUUCGGUUCAUUUGAUCCAAUGUAUGUCAAACGUGUUGUCAUAACCGAUGGUGGCAACAAUCCAAUAUCUCUAAAUAUGGAGCUUACAAAUCUUAAAUUUACCGGUCUCAAGCAUUCAAAUUUUAAGGACGCUAGUUACGACCAUGCCAAGUCACUAACAAAGUUGAGGAUGUCUGUGCCAACAGUACAAAUUAAUGCCGACUAUGACAUGAAAGGCCGUGUCCUGGCUUUACCAUUGAAUGGAAAGGGCAAAACGAAAAUGAACAUUGAAAACCUUGGAAUUGAUAUUGCCAUUCGUCUAAAGAUUCGUAAAGAAGAUGGCUUCUUGUUCACUGACGUGGAUAAACUUCGCCUGGAAAAUACUGAAGUUGGUAAUUUCCAAAUAAAUUUGGAAAAUCUCUUCAAUGGUCAAAAAGACCUGGAAGAAAGCGCCCAUGCACUUUUCAACAAUAAUUGGAUGGAACUUUACGAAUUUCUAAAACCAUCCAUUACAUCCACGAUUCAGGCUUUAAUGAAAGAUCGUUUAAAAAAGAUGUUUGCAUUUGUACCAGCUACGUAUUUUAUUGAGGAUUUAGUAUAUGGUUCAUAAUCGGGGCCCUAUAGUUAAGGGAUAAUGUCCGAAAUUUUCUAAGAGUAUUAUUCGUUAUUCGUAGUAUGUAAGGCAUAAA